GCCGCGGAGCAACAUAGCGCCGGUGUCUGUCCCCACAGUCGGAGUGAAAGUUGUCUCGGCUCGGGGAAGCGGGCUCUCGGACUCGCUGGUUCGUACCGCCGCUGCCUCGGUUGCUUUCUCCCGGAGAGAUGAGGCGGAAAGAGAAGCGACUGCUGCAGUUCGCCGGGCUGCUCAUCGCGGCUCUGCUGUUCUUACCAAACGUCGGGCUGUGGUCUUUGUACAGGGACCGGGUCUUCGACAACUCGCCCGACACAGUGGACGGUCCGGGUGGAAUACCUCCGGUUCAGGGAGUGAACCGGAUGGGGAAGGACCCUCAGGUGGGAUGGGACGGGGUGAGGAGGAAAGACUGGCAUGACUACGAAGCCAUCAGAAGAGACUCAUCUCGAUCUGGUAAUGGUGAGCAGGGGAAGGCGUUUCCUCUGACGGAUGCUGACAGAGUGGACCAGGCCUACAGGGAGAAUGGCUUCAACAUCUACGUCAGCGACAGGAUCUCCCUGAACCGCUCCGUCCCUGACAUCCGCCAUCCAAACUGUAAACAGAAGCUGUACUCGGAGAAGCUUCCCAACACCAGCAUCAUCAUCCCGUUCCACAACGAGGGCUGGUCGUCUCUGCUGAGGACCGUCCACAGCAUCCUCAACCGCUCUCCUCCCCAGCUCAUCGCAGAGGUGAUCCUGGUCGACGACUUCAGCGACAAAGAGCACCUAAAGGGGGCACUAGAAGAGUACAUGGUACGGCUGCCAAAGGUCCGCAUCCUGAGAACCAAGAAAAGGGAAGGUCUGAUCCGGACUCGUCUGCUCGGAGCUGGUGCUGCUAGGGGAGAGGUCAUCACCUUCCUGGACUCUCACUGUGAGGCCAACGUCAACUGGUUGCCUCCGUUACUGGACCGAAUCGCCCAGAACAGGAAGACCAUUGUCUGCCCCAUGAUUGAUGUCAUCGACCACGACAACUUUGGCUAUGAGACGCAGGCGGGUGACGCUAUGCGGGGGGCGUUUGACUGGGAGAUGUACUACAAACGGAUCCCCAUCCCUGCAGAGCUGCAGAAGGAAGACCCCAGUGAACCCUUUGAGUCCCCGGUGAUGGCAGGAGGACUGUUUGCUGUGGACAGGAAGUGGUUCUGGGAGUUGGGAGGAUAUGACACGGGUCUGGAGAUCUGGGGAGGUGAACAGUACGAGAUCUCAUUCAAGGUGUGGAUGUGUGGAGGUCGGAUGGAGGAUAUCCCCUGUUCCCGGGUAGGACACAUCUAUAGGAAGUACGUCCCUUACAAAGUUCCCGGGGGUGUCAGCUUGGCCAGGAACCUGAAGCGAGUCGCGGAGGUUUGGAUGGACGAGUACGCAGAGUACAUCUACCAGCGCCGGCCCGAGUACCGCCACCUGUCAGCGGGAGACAUGACGGUGCAGAAGGAGCUGAGAAACCGACUCAACUGCAAGAGCUUCAAGUGGUUCAUGAGUGAGGUGGCGUGGGAUCUGCCCAAACAUUACCCACCUGUGGAGCCCCCUGCUGCUGCGUGGGGAGAGAUCCGGAACGUCGGUAACAGUUUGUGUAUGGAGAGCAAACACUUUGUGUCUGGGAGUCCCAUCCGCCUGGAGAGCUGCAUAAAGGGGCGGAGCGACGUGAGCUGGAGCCACGGACAGGUUUUCACCUUCGGCUGGAGGGAGGACAUCCGGGUGGGGGACCCUAUGCACUCUAAAAAAGUUUGUUUCGAUGCCAUUUCCCACAACAGCCCUGUUACACUGUACGACUGUCACGGGAUGAAGGGCAACCAGCUGUGGCGCUACAGGAAGGACAGAAGUCUGUAUCACCCCAUCAGUAACAGCUGCAUCGACAGCAACGCGAAUGAGCGCCGGGUCUUCAUGAACACCUGCGACCCCUCCUCCCCCAGCCAGCAGUGGCUGUUUGAGAGGACCAACUCCACCGUCUUGGAGCACUUUAACCGCGGCACUAACUGAGGCCCUGGCGUUCUCGGAGUCUGGACCCCUGCAGCCGUGGAGCUGCUGCUGCUGGUGGGGAUUGUGGUGAUGGGGUUGGGUGUUCCCGCUAACCUGCUGCUGACGUGACAGCCAUUUCUCUUCAGGAUGCUCAGAACGAUGCAGGAUGGGGAAGAAAGACGGAGCUGAUCUCUGACUGAUGGGUCUGCCUCACAGUGAUUAUCCAACAUCGCUCCCCCUUCCUUUAUUCCAUCUGUUCUGUUCCACCUCUUUUAUUCUCCAUCUCUCUCCACCACCUGCUUCCUUCUGCACGUCCAUCUCCAUCUGCCUGCAUGGCUGCAUCUCUGUCCUUCCUCUCCAUUCUUUCCCCUUUGAAUCCCCCGUGUCUCUUCAGCCCUGACAACCUCCCUGGGGAGUGAUGGAGGAGGGUGGGGCUCCUGCUGAGCCAAAGUGGUUGUGACAUACAGUGAAUCCAGGCAGAACCACUCUGAGAUUCACCUGCUGAAACCCUCGUCUGGAUGUAGCUACGGGGAGGUAAUAGAAAGAGAGGAGACCACGUCCUCCUCUUCCUCCUCUCUGUAUUUACGUCUCAGAUUUGUCACUGUGCUGACUUCGUCUUCUGUCCCUCAACGCCGUCUGAUCCCAGAUCUCUGCCCUCAUGGUGCAGUCAGACCACAUUUUAUCACAUGAGAAAGGUUUAACCUCAUCCUGAUGAGACUUAUGUUUUGUCCUUCCUUUCUGAAAUGACAAACCCAAAAUAAAUUAAGUUUAUCUUCACAACUAAAGGGCCUGUAUGCAUAAUUUUGGUCUCUAAAUAAUCCUGAGACGUGAGAUUACUGCAGAAGAGGAGAAAUUAGCAGAAGCUCUAAUGUGGACAGUGCUGGUAUCAUGUUUUUGUUACAUUCCUAUAUAAUUGCUUGGGGGUGAAACUGUGUUUGGUGUACAAAGAUCUUCUGUAGUGCACAUAUUUGUACGGGGGGCACUACAUAUGUAGCCAAGAAGAGGUUAAACUUAGGUCUGGCUGCAGCAUCAGGGCCUGUCAGGCUGUGAUGGUGGUAUUGUCGGCUGAGCGUCGGUUCGCAGCGCCACCAACAGACCCCUGCCUGGCCAAGCAGCAGGCAGUCGGCUGAUUGGCCGGCAGCCAAGCUGACGCACCACUUCAGUGUAUGUAGGAGCAGAGACGGAUGGCGGAAUGACUCUGGAGAAGCUGGCCGAGGUAGUUGUUGGAUGAAGACGAAUGUCAGCGUUUAAAAUGCAUAAAGCACUUAGAGAAGGAUAAACUUGAAAGAAAUCUUAGUGCCUUGUCGAAGGAGGACUUCAUGUGUGGGUCAACAGCAAAGAAAGGAGCAGUUCACAGUAGAAAGUCAGUGAACGCACCGCCUGGACCUGCUGGCUGUGAGCUACAGACUUCUCCCCACCAGAGCUGCUGAGAGGCUACAGCAGCCUGAUGGACCGCUUGUCUCUGAAUCAAGACAUGCUAUUGUUUUUUCCUCAUGAAAAUGUUGUGUUUGACGUCACUUUAUAAAUCCUUUAACUUCAGGUUUUUUUCUGUUUUUAAUCAAGUGUUCUCCAUAGUUCCCUCAUAGUUUAUUUUGUUUUGUGCUUUAGCUGAUGGCUUUUAUUGUUGUUGUUGUUUUCACCUUGUUCCCGGAUGUUGUGGUGGAUCACUCCUUCCCUGAUCGAGUUUUUGUAAACAAAAAAAAAUGUACAGUUUGUGUUUUCUGAGUCAGUAGAUGUGGAUCCAGUCUUAUCUUCUUCCACCAUCAUCCUUUUUUACGUUGACCAACUUUAUGUGGAAGUUUUCCAGAUAUGCAUCACAAAGACAGAAGAGGAGGAAAGCUGAGACUAGAUGGCGCUAGAAUAAUAGAAGAAAACUGACUUUGCACUAUUUUUUCUGGAAUUUUUAAGAUAUAUACAGUACACACACACACACACACACACACACACACACACACACACAUAUAUAUAUAUAUAUAUAGUUCUGUGUAAGAAUGCUGUAAACAAAAAUCAAUGUGGAAAAAUGGAAGUGAUAAUAGUUUAUUUUCAUCACUUAACACAAUGCAGUGAAUGAACAGAAGAGAAAUCUAAAUUAAAUCAAUAUUUGAUGUGACCACCCUUUGCCUUCAAGACCGCAUCAGUUCUUCUAGGUACGCUUGCACACAGGUUUUGAAGGAAAUCAGCUUAUAGAUGUUUUCAAACGUCUCACCACAGAUCUUCUGUGGAUGUAGACUUCUUCAAAUCCUUCUGUCUCUUCAUGUAAUUCCAGACAUCUUUUCUGAACAGGGCUCUGUGGAGGCCAUGCCUUCCCUUCCAGGACUUCUUCUUCUUCUUUACACUGAAUAUGGCUCUCGAUGACCUUGGCUGUAUGUUUAGGGUCAUUGUCCUGCUGCAGAAAAAAAAUUGGGGCCAAUUUUCCCUGGUGGUAUUGUAUGAUGGAUAAGUAUCUGCCUGUAUUUCUCAGCAUUGAGGACACCAUUAAUCCUGACCAAAUCUCCAACUCCAUUUACAAAAAUCCAGCCCAAAACUUGCAAGGAACCCCCACCAUGCUUCAUUUUUGCAUGCAGACAUUAUUGUACCACUCUCCAGCGUUUUGCGAACAAACUGCCUUCUGCUACAGCCAGAUAUUUUAAAUUGUGAUUCAUCAGUCUAGAGCACCUGCUGCCAUUUUCCUGCACCCUGAUUGCUAUGUUUUUCUCCAUAGUUGAGUCAUUUGGCCUUGUUUCCAUGUCGGAGGUAUGGCUUUUUGGCUGCAACUCUUCCAUGGAGACCACCUCUGGCCAGACUACUCCAGGCGUUUCUUCUAGUUCUGAGCUGAUGUCAUUACUGGACAUCUUCUGGUUUCAAAGGUAAAUAAGCUUGAUGUGCUCAGUUUUCUUGGCCAACCACCGACUAUAACACAAAAUUCCUGACUUUUUAUAAGUGUACCUAUAAGAAUUGAUGCUGAUUUGAAGACAAAGGGAAGAAACACCAAAUAUUGAUGUGAUCUAGAUUUUUCUUUCGUUUGCUCACUUUGCUUUAAAUUGACAACAUGAAACGAUCAUUAUUUAUAUUUUUGAAAAACAUUCUUAGUUUAGUUUUUGCAUUUUUGCAUUUUUAUAUAUAUAUAUGUGUACACACACACACACACACACACACACAUAUAUAUAUAUAUAUAUAUAUGUGUGCGUGUGUGUGAGUUGAAUGUCAAACCUGAGACCUGGUUUCUGUGUUUUAAGCUGAGUUAAAAACAGUCUUUAAAGUGUCACAUUUGCAACCACCAUUCUCCUGAUUUCCAACAGGAGAGUAUAUAUUACUGUGUAACCGUAACUUUUUCUGAACUUAUCCAAGUACUUCUAAUGUGCAGCAAAUUGGUCAUACAGCAAGGGAAACUAAAGGAAAAUCAAAAAGAGCAUAAAGGAGGUGAGAAACGGGUGUCCCCACCCACCCUCCACUUUGACAUUGUUACAUGUCAUACAUAAAGAUAAACCAACUGUUUCCUGCUCUUACUGCAGGUAACAGGUAGACAUGUUGAAAGCUGGGUAAGAAACCUGGGUAUGUCUAUAGAGACACACUCAUUUAAAAACAAUGCAGUUAUUGAGAGGUAAUACAAUUUUGAGUUAUUUGGCAUUUAAAUAUUCAUGACUUUAUUUACUUUUAUUUUGAACUGUAGACAUAAAACAGUUUUUUCUUAAGCAACAGGCGAGACAGUAAAUCUGCAGCUAACAGAAGCCACGUGAAAGCAACUGAGGAAGUUUUAACAGCUUAAGAAAAAACAAACUAAAUGUUGGAUAAGAAGAGAAAAGAAUAUUUAAAAGACUCAAUAAAUGCAUCUUGAAGUAACAGUUGACGGGUAAACCUGAAAUGAACUAAUCAGCCCUAAUCUACUCGACAUAUUUGGUUUUUGACAAUAUGACCACCUCCUUAAAUUCUGUCAGUCAUUGUGAUGAUAACGAUGAAGAGUUCUAUGGGACCAGAUCCAGAGGAUUUUGAGGAUAUUAGAUGAGAUGCUGAUAAACCUCAGUCUGAACUCUCUGAGCAAAAUGUUCUCGUCUGUCCCCCCUGAAGUUGAAUAAGUUUACAAAAGUAUAUAUUUGUUUUGUUUGUUUUUCUGUGCACAUGUAUAUUAUGGUUUUGUCACAUAUGACUGUAACUCGGGUCGAUUUAAAUCUUUAUGAUGAUCGUUUUAUUCCACUUUUUAUGCACUGUAAUUGAGGAAAUUCAACAUAUUUACACUGCCACAGCAAUUCUUUUCUGAGAACAUAAAAAAAAACUGUUAAAGAAAACAAAUAGUCCAUAAAAAAAACCACUUUCCUACCGUCAAAGGGCUUCUAUUAGCUAGUUGAAGACCUACUUUUGCUCAUUGAAGAGCCCUGUUGGCUUAACAAAUGCUUCAGUCAGUUAGUCAAAGGCCGCUGUCUGCUCGUUCAAGGCCUCCGUUGUCUCAUCGAAGGAGUUCGUUGGCUCAUUGACGGCCUCUGUCGGCUAGUCGAAGGCUUCCGUCGGCUAGUCGAAGGACUCCCCACUCAUUGAAGGGCUCCAUCGACUUGUCGAAAGAGUCCAUCAGCUAGCCGAAGGCUUCCGUCGCCUCGUCGAAGGACUCCCCACUCAUUGAAGGGCUCCAUCGACUUGUCGAAAGAGUCCAUCAGCUAGCCGAAGGCUUCCGUCGCCUCGUCGAAGGACUCAGUCAUCAAAUGUCUCCAUCGCCUCUUCGAAGGGCUCCAUCGACUUGUCGAAAGACUCCAUCGGCUAGCCGAAGGCUUCCGUCGGCAAGUCGAAGGACUCAGUCAUCAAAUGCCUCCAUCGCCUCUUCGAAGGGCUCCAUCGACUUGUCGAAAGACUCCAUCGGCUAGCUGAAGGCUUUCGUCGCCUUGUGGAAGGACUCCAUCGGCUUGUCCAAGGCCUCCAUUGGCUCAUCGAAGGACUCCAUCGGCUAGUUGAAGGCCUCUGCCGGCUAUUCGAUGGACUCGCUCAGCUAGUCGAUGGACUCAGAGUUGUCCAAGGCGUCCAUUCCAUUGUCCAAGGCGUCCUUCGUCUCUUCCAAGGCCUCCGUCAGCUAGUUGACAGACUCCGUCGACCUAAUAAAGACUUGUGUGGAUUUAUUGAGAGCCUCUGUCGGUUCAUUGAUUGCCUUCAUUGGCUCAGCUACAGUUUUAUUGGUUAGUCAAAGGCCCCUAUUUGCUCAUCGAAGGCCUCUGUUGGUUUGUCACACUGUACUUUUUAGGUGUGUGCAUCUUGAUGUGUGGGGAGUGUACAUUUUGUAUCUAAAGAAUAUCCAAUAUUUUUUUCUACUGACAUUGCAGCUGUAAAAGUGUAUUUAGGUAUUUAACAAACUGUACAAUUAAAAUGGAAUUGUAUCAUAUUUUUUUCUGGAACUGUAAAAAAUAAAAGGGUUUCUAUAUU